AUGGCCUUCAAUCUACCAGGCGUGCUUGUUCUGCUUAGCCUAGUCACCCAGUCAUCAUCGCAGCAGGAUGAUCCUGUCAAAGGAUUCUGUCGACGAUGGGGCCACUCAACGGCGCAGGUCGACUCGAGGCUAUACAUCGAUGGCGGCAUGAUAGGACAAGUCCCCUUCAGGUCAAACUACUCAAAUGAUUGGCUUUUGUUCAGUGAUUUGAACACUUCGACCGUCGAUGCGGGAAUGCCAAUGCAGUCCGCAUACUCAAAGCCCGGUCAUAUACCUACCGUUUCAGGCGGCUAUACUUGGGCAGAUGAAACGAACAAAUGCUUCUAUCAAUUCGGUGGAGAAUUUGCCCCAGGCACUAGCCCCAUGGAUUUCAGCAUGUGGACCUACGAUGUUCUUCUCAACCAAUGGAAUACUACUGAAACAAUAGGUGACAAGAACCCGCAACGAGUAUCGUAUGGCGCAGGAACGCAAGUCGAAAGUCGCGGGCUGGGAUUCUACUUUGGUGGCUGGCUCAGCAACAAAACAACACCCGGUUGGAAUGGGCCUCCAAUGGCUACGACCGGUCUGAUUCGAUUUGACAUGUCUACGGGCGACUUACAGAAUACAACCGGCCCAGAUGAAACUGGGAGAGCCGAAGGACAGUUGGUGUUCCUACCUGUUUCAGAUAGCGGCGUGCUUGUUUAUUUUGGGGGCAUCGAAGAUUCUUACCGUAACGGUAGCUUCGACGCAGCAAACAUGAGUACCAUCCAUAUCUACGACAUGGCUUCGUCGAAAUGGUAUACACAGACUGCUUCUGGCGAUGUACCUGACACCCGGAGACAAUUUUGUGCUGAUGUCACCUGGCCCGACGACCAGUCGUCCUUCAACAUCUACCUAUAUGGUGGGUACGGCUUCGAAAAAGCAGCAGCGUACGACGAUGUCUAUAUCCUAUCGCUUCCAUCGUUUACAUGGAUCAAGGUCUUCAGUAGUGAUGAUGUUCCCUCUCAAGUUGGUCACGGCGGUUGUAGCGCAAACGUCGUCAACCACGCUCAGAUGUUGGUCAUAGGUGGCUGGUUUCCCCUCUACGACAAAUGCGAUGCACCCGAGGGACAAGGACAACACAACAUGGUUCUAGGAUACAACGGUGGGGACUCGAAGCUCUGGGACAAGUUUAGCCCCCAGCUACAUGAAUAUGUAGUACCUUCACCUAUUAUUGCCGCAGUCGGAGGCGGGCCUACCGGAGGUGCUACUAAGACCUCGCCAGCAACAUGGGGUCACCCAGAUCUCGCCACUUACUACACACUUAAACCUACUUUCACAGCAAGAUCGGCCACUCGCUCUCUUCCCUUGGCUACAGAAUCAGCAUCUGCUGGUAGCUCAAAGAAAUCAAACGUGGCAGCCAUCGCUGGCGGCACAGUUGGAGGAUUGGUGGCAAUAAUUGCCAUUCUGUGCCUUAUACUAUUCUGUUUACACCGGCGAAAGCAAUCUUUGAAGAAGAAGGAAGGUGAGACUCCAUCUAGUCUCCCACCUGCUGAACUGGCCACCACGGUCCCCCAGGAGAUGGCCGACACAGAUGCUAGCAAGUAUGUUUCCAUGCACAACCAGGCAGAUUCUAUCGCCCUUGCUCAAUAUCCUGGUCAUGUUCAACAACACUCACACUCCGCUAGCCACGACUAUAACUCACCCUACUCGGCUCAAGGCCCUCCCUCGUACGGCCACGCUCCCUCAUACAUAUCUCCUAUUGAAGGCGCUCACUCGAGUCGGUCACCACACGGACAACAAUUCUUCACCGACGACGCCCGUAACUCCCCGCCAGGUGCUUGGAGCACUCAAGUUCAGUAUCCUCAUUCUGCGCCAAGCCAGGACGGUCAAUAUUCCUAUCCCACUCCAACUACAGCACAACAGUCCCCAAAUGAUGCUCUUCAACAGCAAGUUCCAAUCUACUACCCACGGCCCAGCAAUCCAUCAACGCGUGCGCAAUACUCUCCACCUUUGUUCUCCGACAACCGAGGAAGUCCGGCAGGGACUCAACAUAGUGGCGAAGAACAACCCCACAACAUCAGCACUACGCACACUCCAGCGCAUUUUUAUGCUCAGACGCCACAACAUGGAUCUCCUGGGAGAGACAAUAGGAGACCCAUACAGGGUAGAUUUGUGGAGGAAGGACAUAUAUAA